UUCAUUACGCGCAGUGCCCAAGACCACAGCGCAUUACGCACUUGUACCAGAAGUGGACAGCCGCUUACAUUUCACAAGGACAUCUAAUCAGAGGGACAUUUGAGGACACUUGGAGCAGUAAAAGGACAGACAGUGAGACUUGUGCACACUUGAACCUGACAGCGCAUAAGAUGGAUCGCAAAAUCCCUGACUUUGCCGGCACCUGGGAGAUGAGGAGCUCUGAAAACUUCGAGGAGCUGCUGAAAACGUUGGGAGUGAAUGUAAUGCUGCGUAAGAUCGCGGUGAAGGCGGCGUCCAAACCUCUGGUGGAGAUCACACAGGACGGAGAGACUCUGUCCAUUAAAACCUCCACCUCCGUGCGCACCACCCACAUCACCUUCACCGUGGGACAGGAGUUCACCGAGGCCACGGUGGACGGGCGGCCCUGCUCGAGUUUUCCGCGCUGGGAGACCGACAGUAAAAUCAGCUGUGAGCAAACUCUGCUAAAAGGGGAAGGGCCUAAGACAUCAUGGACACGAGAGCUCACCAACGAAGGAAAACUCAUUCUGACCAUGCGAGCAGAUGACACCAUUUGCACACGAGUCUACGAAAGGCAAUGAACCACAGCACUUUUGCAUGUCCACACAUCUAGAGCCCUUGUCAACCACACGUACAUCGUCUAACCCCAUUUUGUAACUUUCUCCUUUGUAACACGUGUGUCCAUUGUACGUUAUCGUAGUAGAAUAUAACACAUUUAGCUUCACUUUGGUCUUAGCUCCGUGUGCCGUUUUGAAUGACUGGUACCACUUCAUAUUAACUACAACUUAAAUAGCCUUAAUAAAGCAUGAACACUGAAUCCGAAAUCAACCAUCAGCUUUUUUAAGAAUAAUUCUGGCUUAUUAACUACUUUAUUAAAUGGCCGGGGUUAGGAGGAUUUAAUUGAAAUGGCCCAUAUUAUGCUAUUUUCUAAUCUAUGUUGUAGACAGACUAAUAAUGCAAGAUUGCUCAAACGCGUAAAUGAAAUAAAACACUCCAGGUAUGUUUUUGAGGGGAUGACAACAUUGUUACAUAUCUUAAAGCUCACAAGAGUCAGUUUUGCUUAAUAUAGACCUUUAAAGCAAAGAAGUGUUUCCCAAUUUUUUUUUUCUGGACCCACAUUUUAAAAGUCAUAUAACUUUGCAACUCAAGUCAAUAGACAUUAUUCAUAAAUCACAAAAUAAAGGUGGAUUUGACCAUUAUUGAACAUUAAAGAGGACUGAGUGAUUGUGUCUCUCUGAACAAUUAGUGCUUUUUUACAAUUACUCAAGUUUUAAACAAUGAAAAACAGUAACUGAAGCAGCAAUAAAAGGAUCCAUAAGUCACCUAUUUGGACAUUAAAUGUGCCCAUUUCUUUUUCUUUUCAACAUUCAGCUGAACUAGCAAAAUUGGAACAAAUUAGUCAAUAAAAUAAUCACAAAAAGAUUAGAAAUUAUACAAAACAUGUCUUAACAUUUCUAGAGAUAGGUGGGCCUCUCUGCGUUUUUGUAGCUCGUUCCAGUCCGGGGUGCAGGAGCAGAGCGCAACACGCAGAUCAGUGUCAGAACUAUAUACCGAAGACCUACAUGCAGAUCGUGACAAGGCGACCCAAAAAAAAAGUCUCUUGUGACCCUGUCUUUGGGAAACAAUGCUUUAGAAGACCUGUACUUGUUUUUUUCCCCUGUGUAUUUGGGCAAAAUCUGUCUUUCAAUAGUUCAGAUAUUUGCAUAAGCAGCUCUUGAGGUCAACAUAAGUGAGCUGUGUUCUCUCUGCAUCUAAUUAUACAGUGUUUUACUGUCCGAGAAUCAGGAAGUAUGUGGUUAGAAUGCUAGUUGUUAGCAUUAAGUGAUGGAAAAACUCUGCUCUGGUGUCUCAAAGUUGCAAAGAUGUUCAUAAGGUAAGUGAGGAAUAACUUUGGAUCACUGCAAACUGUAUAAAAUGAACUAGUUCUGUUUUGUUAAAGACAACAUAUAAAUUAAGAUUUUGUUCAUGCUUCAUAAAGGCUAAUUAAUGCAUAGUUUUUAUAAAGUGUUACCGAUUGCUUUUGUAUGCUUGCGUCUUUGAAUGAGUGCAUCCGACUUUUAUUCUUGUAGAUGUGUAAAUCAGUGUAUGAGCUCUUCCGAUAUCUGGUCAGUUUGUAAUGCAUCCCCCCCUUGUUGACUUUUUUAUCACAUGGCGUCAUUUUAUAUUUAUUUUACUAUAGGGUCUGUAACAGUAUUGCAUUGGUUUUUAUUUGAAUCUUUCCUCUUUUAUAUAAAAUUGUGACCAUAGGAGAAUUUCCGUGGCGAUAAAACAAUAAAGCACAGUA